AUGGCACCUCACGCAACGGGCCCAGAACGGCGACGCUCCUCAUCUGCGAAUCCAAACAGAAGCUUCAAAUUUCCGGAUCUGGCAGCGGACCACUUGAUGGAUGCAUACGUGGAAGAAGCUCUCGAGCCGCCGUCAAGAGACCAGUCUCCGAAGCCAUUGAACGGCCUCCCGCAUGGAUUACAUUCUGCCGAGCGAUGGCCAGCGCGAAAGUCGGCGAGAGGAAUGGCGCAGUGGAGUGCAUGGGGAGGGGCAAAUGGGUCCGUGAUGAAUGGAGGGACACAGAAACAUGGCAGACAAAAGAGCUUGUCGGAAGCGAUCAAGACGGUACGGACACGGAAAGCGAGUAUAGUGGAAGAUGCGCAUGAGAUUGCAGAAUCACUAAAGGCACCCGUGUCUAUGCGACUGGUGCUGCUCUGCUGCAUCUGGUAUGCUACCUCAAUCAUGACCAACACAUCCUCAAAGGCCAUCUUGACCGCACUUCCGAGACCGGUCACCCUCACCUUAAUACAAUUCCUCCUAGUAUCUUUCUGGUGCAUCUUCCUCUCCUGGCUGGCUAAACGCAACUCUGCCGUGCGGGAAGCAAUGCCCGUACUCAGGAAUGGAAUUCGGCGGCCGAACAAGGAGAUAAUAAUGGCAACCCUGCCUUUGACUGCCUUUCAGAUCGGAGGCCAUAUCCUCAACUCGGACGCCAUGUCGCGCAUUCCAGUCUCCUUGGUCCACACCAUCAAAGGACUUUCACCCCUCAUGACAGUCCUGGCAUACCGAGCCUUCUUCAACAUUCGCUACUCGGUCCCCACCUACCUCUCCCUCGUCCCUCUAACUCUCGGAGUAAUCAUGGCUUGCUCCGCCUCCUUCGCCGGCAACUUCGUAGGCCUCACAUAUGCCUUCGGAAGCGCUAUCCUCUUUGUAACGCAGAACAUCGUCUCCAAGAAGAUCUUCAACGAGGCUGCGAAAGCCGAGCAAGACGGUCUUCCCAUGGCUCGCCGCAAGCCCGAUAAGCUGAAUUUACUAUGCUAUUCUUCAGCGCUAGCCUUCCUCAUUACCUGCCCCAUCUGGCUCUGGUCAGAGGGCUUCUCGAUCUUCGCCGACUACAUCCACGACGGCUCCAUCGACCUUCGGCAACGGCCCGGAUCCUUGGACCACGGCAGGUUAGCGCUGGAAUUCAUCUUCAACGGCACUUUCCACUUCGGGCAAUCCCUUGUCGCAUUCGUGCUGCUCGGAAUGGUGUCACCAGUCACGUACAGCGUCGCGAGUCUGAUCAAGAGAGUUGCGGUGAUCAUGUUCGCGAUUGUAUGGUUCGGGAACCCGAUGACUGGGGUGCAGGGGUUUGGGUUCGCCAUGACAUUCUUGGGCCUAUAUCUUUAUGAUCGGACUUCGGAUGCUGCGAGGACGGACAAGAAGGCUAGAGCGAAGAUUGAGAGUGCGCAGCCAUUGUUGCCGAUUAAUGUGAAGAAUCUGAGGAGGGACGAGAAGGAUGAUGUGGCGGUUCACUCGGCUUCGCCUAUGGAUUCGUCGCAUGCGCCGCCGUUCCACCACUUUUCGAAUGGUAAUGGUGGGUACCCCAAUGGCGGUCCCGUAGGCGGCAAUGCGCAACAGGGCCGACCACGAGGAAGCAGUAAUGUCACGCCGCCGAGUAUGAACGGCUUACCAGGUCGUCUACCUCCCGGGACGAAAGCUGAAGAGACCUGGAGUUCUAUAGAUGUUGGCCGGCACGACGUUGCUGCUCUGAAAUUGUUACUGCAGCCAAAUGAUGUGAUCGCGAGUCAAAGAUUGGCGGUUGGUGGGUUCAAGAAGCUUCGCUUUGAUCACAUGCUCAUUUCGCAUUUCAUUACCGCUAUCAUAUUUAGUAUUACAUAUCUCCUUCUCGAACGCUUCAUCCCAUGCAAUACAUAUAGUGCAUGGUAA